CCAACUGAGCGCCGAGGGUCGCGCGCUCGCGCGCGCCCGGCCGCAGAGUGGCCGCGGACGAGAUAGCUCGGCAGCUGCGCCUGCGGGGCAAUGAGGUGAUGAUGGCCUACGGGGGAGCCGGCGCGGCCGCGAUGGGAGCCCCCGCGCCCGGCGACGUGGUCCAGCAGCAGCACCAGCACCAGCCGCCGCAGCACCAGCAGCAGCAGGCCGAGUACAGCCCGCAGGGCACGCCGGCCGCGCAGGCCGCCGUCGAGUCGCAGGCCUUCCACGCCGGCGCGCAGGGCGGCUACAGUCCCCAGGACAGCCCGGCCACGAGCUUCGGCUUCACGCAGGAGCAGGUCGCCUGCGUCUGCGAGACGAUGGUGUCGUCUGUGCAGGUGCUGCAGCAGGCGGGCAGCGUGGACCGCCUGGCGCGCUUCCUCUGGUCGCUGCCCGAGUGCGCGCGGCUGCGCAAGAACGAGAGCGUGCUCAAGGCCCAGGCGGUGGUCGCCUUCCACCACGGCAAGUUCAAGGAACUCUACCAGAUCCUCGAGAGCAACAACUUCAGCUCGCACAACCACGGCAAGCUGCAGUCGCUCUGGCUCAAGGCCCACUACAUCGAGGCGGAGCGCAUGCGCGGCAGGCCGCUCGGCGCCGUCGGUAAAUACCGGGUGCGCCGCAAGUUCCCGCUGCCCAGGACCAUCUGGGACGGCGAGGAGACGUCCUACUGCUUCAAGGAGAAGUCGCGGCUCGUGCUGCGCAAGUGGUACGAGGCCAACCCCUACCCGUCGCCGCGGGAGAAGCAGGAGCUGGCCGAGACCACGGGCCUGACCACCACGCAAGUUAGCAACUGGUUCAAGAACCGGCGCCAGCGCGACCGCGCCUCCGAGCACAACGGCCAAAAGGGCGACAAGUGCCACGGCGGCGACCCGGGCGACUCCAGCUACGAGAGCGGCGACGAGACCAAGCGCCAGAGCGGAGCGCCGGUGGCCGCGGCGGCAGGCGUGCAGCAGCAGUCCGCGGCGGCGCCCGGCGUGCAGCAGCAGCAGCAGCAGCAGCCGCAGCAGCCGCAGCCGCAGCCGCAGCUGGUCGAGCAGCACCAGCAGCAGGCUCCGAGCAUGUACCAGCUGCCCGGGCAGCUCGCCUCGCCGAGUCCGCACUCCUACCACCAGGGCCUCGCUCACGCCAGCCACCACAUGCAACAGCCGCAGCAGCAGCAGCAGCAGCAGCAGCAGCACGAGGCCGGCGCCGAGGGCGUCGACGACAAGCGCAACCUGCACCAUCAGCUGCAGCACCAGCUGCAGGCCGGUCUGGCGCCGCCCGCCGCCUCGAGCUGCGCCCAGCAGAAGAGCCAGCUCGACUACAUGCAGUACUACGGCUCGCAGGACUACCUGAUCGGCACGCCGAGCCCGGCCGAGCUGCAGAAGGCGCUGCCGCACACGGCCACCUCCAUGCAGAUGGGCGCGAUCGCCCCGGCGAUGGGCGGCCUCAGCCCCAUGGGCCCGUCGAUGAUGCCCGCGGCGGCGAUGCAGGGCGUGGGCCACGCCAUGAACGGCAUGUCGGCCAUGGGCGGCGUGGGCAUGGGCGCCUACCAGGGCAUGGCCGGCUCGAUGGGCAUGUCGGGCUCGCACGCCGGCUACCACGGCGCCAGCCUGGUCCUCGGCGAGUACCACUCCUUGUGACCUUGGCCCGCAGCCGGCGCCCGGCAGCGCGCCAAGCAGCAGCAGCAGCUCGCCGACUACCGCCAGCACCGGCUCCCGCACUUCCAGCAGCCGCAGCCGCAGACGCAGCAACAGCCGCAGCCGCAGCAGCAGCGGCAGCAGCAGCAGCAGCAGCAGCAACAGCAGCAGCAGCACCACCACCAUCACCACCACCACCACCACUCCUGGGACUCGGCCGCCUGCGCCGGGCGCCAGCAGCUCGACGCGCAGCCGGCCGGCAAGCCGCUGACUAUCGUUCAGGCGCGCAUUUACUGCCUCGAGUAGCCGCUGCCGCUGGCCUCGGCGGCUCCAUAGUUACCUCUUGCCACGUCCAGUCUUUCCUUUGCCUCCCGGAGAGCGAGUCUGCGCAGCGCCUGCUCGCCGCCAGCAGCCUUUCUGUCGCUGACGCUUGUCCUUCUUGUACAUGUAUGUAGAUAGCACGGAAUCUGUGUAAACGACUCGAUCGACAGGCUCGCGACCUUACGAUCGCUAUUCAAAUACUAGUGGAUACGCGCUACGGAAUGGAGAUGAUUAUUGUACAAGUUUGUAAGAGGAGAAGCUCGGAACACACAUAUGCGUACACGCCCACAGUCAGCCAGUCACGCGUCUGCUGCUCUUGCGAAACAGACGCGGCCUAUUCAGAUCAGCACUUCUUUUUCUCUUUCUCCAAAGCUUAUUUUUAAAAACUUGGAAUUUUUUGCUUUUAUACAGCUCGUUCGCACAUGAAGCACAAAAAUAUUCUUUUCCUCUCUCUCUCUCUCUCUCUCAAUGGCUAUGCGGCAGUCUCGGCUAUCCCAGUGCUCAAAUGACAAUUGUCAAGCAACGUACAAAAGUUCGGUUUGAAAUAAUCGAGGCUGCUCGUCUUCCUCCGCUGUGGGCCUGACAUACGACAGCGACACUUUGCGAAAUGUAGGCGAUGCCGCGAUGACGUCUGUUCUCCUCAACUGUACAUAGUAUCGUAGAUUUUAAGUGAACACGAGAGAUGACGAAGACGGGCCGGCAUCGACAUCGCGCGAACAAACAAUUAACCAGUAAUAAUUAGUCGAUAAUUAAGAGAAGCUUACGUUGCAAAUACAAUGAAUAAUGGAGUUGAACGGAAAAAGGGAGAGGAGAAAGAGCCGAAAUACGCAAGACGAGUGAAAGAUGGUGUUGGUUGCACGUUCAACGAGGCGACGAGAGAACCGCCGGCCUCAUCGACUCUUUGGCAGAACGCGCCAACUGGGUUAUGUAUGCCCCCCCCUCUCCCCACCUCCCUCUCACUCUCUCUUUCUCUCUCGCUGUCCGGUCGUGGUGAAGCGAGCAACGAUGCAAGUAAUGUCCGAUGCGGAACGGCCGAGACGCUAUAAACAUCCAAACGACCAUUUCUCCUUUGGCUUUUUAACAAAAAUGGUCCAUUGUCUCACCUUCGCCAGAGUCGCUGCUUCUGCUUUUUUCAGAAUUAGAUCAAACGGAAAAUUAUCUCUUGGAGGAUAUGUGAAGCGACCAGUACAGCAUCAUCAAAAACGGUUUGGAACGAGAGAGAACGAGAGAGAGAGAGAGAGAGAGAGAGAGAGAGAGAGAGAGAGAGAGAGAGAGAGAGAGAGAGAAUUCUAAAAAUAGUAUGUUCGCUAAUCCCUUGCGAUGUUUCAAUUCGAAACACACGAUUCAAUGUGAUUCGAGUGACAGUUGUGAUUAUUGUUCACUAAACUAUGUUGAUUGUAGUAUUUCUUUUUUCUACUCUCCUUUUUUUGUUCUCGAUAAAUGAGACAGGAAGACGGAAAAAGUAACAUUUAUAACGUACUCAUGAUUUCCUAUUCACUAUUUUUUGUUGUUUUUUCUUUUUCUUUUUUUUUUGUUUUGUUUUGUUGCAAUGACAUUUUUUCCUUGCGUCUGAAUAAUCUCACACGCACAAUGUAAUAACCGGCAGACUGAUGAGUGAAACCACUUAUGUUAUAUGCAAAUAUUGCUUUUUUUAAAACUGUAUUACAACACACACACACACAGCUACAUUCCGAUGACUCGGCCUUUUGCAAUUGUCGACAGGCCUAGUUUAUUACUACUAUUCUCUCGCAAGUGGAGGUAAUUCAAAGUAAAUUAAUUGGCUUUGCAUUUUUUAUUUUCUUUGCACAGCGAUAUAAUUCAGCUUAAAUGAGAUAAAGCGUUGUACUAGAUGUGGACACUUUUUCUACCUUUGAUAUUGACCUGUUUUUUACUUAUCGCGCGCUAUUCUACAUUAGGUUGCAACAUACUAUCCAAAGUUUUGAUUUGAAGGUGAUAAUAUAAUUAACAAUCAAUUGUAAAUUGAUGAUAUUUUUGAAAAGAUUUUUCUAAUCAACGGUAACUCAUCGCCACAAACAAUGGUCUUUAGCAGAGCAAUAAAAAUUGUCCAAAUCUACAAUAAUAUAAUAGAUACAGGCGACGUACAACGUUGCGAAAAUUCUAUCGACCAAAACAUCUGCGAAAGAGACAAAAUAAAGGCAUAAUCCACUUUCAGAGAAACAAGACUGCCGUAAAUGUACAAGCAGUGCCAGAAAAUGUGCGUAGUCGAAUAAAAAUGGAAACCAAAUUGAUGAAACGGGAAAAGAUGAAAAUUCGCGUGACGUUAUUGCGCCUGUACACGUUUGGUUGUCAUUGGAAUUUGAUUGUAAGCAAGGGGAACGGAAAGAAGGCGCAUUCGUGAAAGAAAAAAAGACGGGAUUUUGAUUUGUUGGGUAGAGAGACGAAAACGAAAAGGUGAAAUAGCUGAGACAAAAGAAGUAAGAAGUAACGUAAAAAAACUAUACUCUACGACUCUUGCACAAAGCGACAUACGAGUCACGCGCGCAAUUGUUGCGUCUUUAGAGAUUACACAUAGAAUGCGAUAUAUUAUAUUAUACAUAAAUGAAUAUAGAAGCUACAGUAUAGGUCGUACGUAGUGCGCGAGCACACGAUUAAAAGAGGGAAGGGAAGAGGCGAGCGCGCGACGUCGGGCGUCGCCUGGUGUGUGUAUAGGAAAAAAGAAAGUUGAAAGAGGUUCGAAGCGGUCGUUAGAGAAGGGCGAUCUGAUCUCGUGUACUCAACAGCCCAACAUUAGGAUGCACAAUAUUUAUUGAGAAAAACCGAGUCUGCGCUUGCGAGCCAGAUUCGCAGUGACGACCUAAGAUUGUAUCGAGUAAGAGUUGAUGUUAUUUAAAUUAAUAAAAAGAAGUAUCGUGCAACGCCGAAUAAGAGAUG